GUCCAAACUGAAUCUUCUGUUGCAAGCACUGAAAAAUCCCAUCCUGCUGCAACUGAAAUCCAACGUUCUUCUGUCACACGUAUAAAACCAUCAACUCUAGAUGAUGUACAACACUGAAAAAAACUAUUAUUCCCUGCUACAAAAAGUUCCCUAUCUUUCGAGAGAAGAAGAGUAUGUCUUCCUCCUGCUGAAACAAUUGAUGGUGAUAUUUCAAGAAUAGGUGUUGGUGAACGAAUAUCCGAUGAUUCCGAAACCCCAAGUUGACCGUAUGUAUUUGUUCCGAAUCCAAAAAGCAUAAAAUUAUCGAUAAAGCUUAAAAACAAUAUUUUAAAUAAUCUUUAGACCCAUAAAAAAUAUUUCAAUCAAAAAUAUAUAAAAUUGAAAAAUAAUGAUAAAAUUUAUUAAAAAUUAUGUGAAUAAAAAUACUUAAAAAAACUAAAAAAAAGUUAAGUCAAUAAAACAUAAAAAAUUUUAAAGCAUACGGUAAAACAGAAAGAAAUAAGGGAUAUUAAAAGACUGAAAAAACGCUAAAAAUCGAAUAAGAAAUUUUAAAAAUGUUUAUCGAAAAACGAGCGCUGAAUGAAAUAUAUAAAAAAAUAAACGAGGUUUUAUUAAGAAUGGGCGGAACAUUUGGUAGAUUAUUAUCACAUUUAUGGGGACAAAAAGAAAUUCGUGUAUUAAUUUUGGGUUUGGAUGGAGCAGGAAAAACGACCAUUCUUUAUAGAAUGCAGGUAGGAGAGGUUAUUACAACAGUACCGACUAUUGGAUUUAAUAUGGAAACUCUGUGUUAUAAAAACAUUAAAUUUAAUGUUUGGGAUUUGGGGGGUCAAACAUCAAUUCGACCUUAUUGGCGAUGUUAUUAUACCUGUACACAGGCAAUUAUAUAUGUGAUAGAUUCAACAGAUAUACAACGAUUAUCAGCAACAACGAAAGAAUUGAAUGCAAUUUUAAAUGAAAAAGAGUUAUCAAAUAUCGAUCUUUUAGUUUUUGCAAAUAAACAAGAUGCACCGAAUGCAUUAAAUAUAGAAGAAAUAUCGGAAACGCUUAAUUUGGUUGAUAUGAAGGAAAGAAAUUGGACUAUAAUACCUACAAGCGCCAUUACGGGAGAGGGCUUAAAUGAAGGUCUUGAUUGGCUUGUGAAUUCAAUUAAGAAUCAAAACAAUGGAUCAUAA